AUGCAAUUGCUAUCCCCUUCAAUUGUGCUCGUUUCUGCCGCGGUGCGGCCUGAUCACCAGGAACAGUCACGAAUCAAGAGCGCCAAUGCCGCGGACACGGCGCUCCAGGAGCUCCCAACAACCUCCACCUCCCUCCCUCAAUCCCUCCGCCCCCUUCCGUUCUUCAGCAGUCAGCCCACCGCCCCCACCCCUCUCCAACCUCAACCACCAGCGCCGCCGUCGUUUGCCCCGUCGGCCGACGCCUUCGGCUCCGGGCUCCAGGCUUCACCUCCGGCGCUGCUCCCCAUCCUCUUCUCCACCUCCGGCGCCACUCAACCACCAGCGCCGCUCACCCCGUCGCCCGUCGCUUGCUCCCCCAACUCCCUGCGGCGCUGCUCCCCAGAUCUCCACCUCCGGGCUCCGGCGUUGCUCCCCAGAUCUCCACCUCCGGGCUCCAGUGCUGCUCCCCCUCCUCUCCUCCACCUCCGGCACUGCGGCGGCCAACGGGGACUGCGGCGGGCGGCGGCAACAGCACCACCGGGCGUGUGGCACUGCGACGGCCGGUGGGUGCAGGAGUGCGCCACUGCGGCGGCGACUAGCAUGGCGGGCGACGGCGGCGGCCAAUAG